AACAGUACCGAGUCACCGACGAAACAAAUGAGUUGAGCGCGAACCGGGUUCAAGUACCGGUCCAACCAUCUCUCAACUACCUUAUUAAAACACUUCACCGGUCCAAUUCUUUUGUCUUAAUGAAAUCUUGUUUUUUGCAAGAAAAAAAAAAAAAAAAACAAUGGAGUCAAGUUGGAGAAAGGUAUUAUUAAUGGUACUUUACCAGAUUGUAAUUACAAAUUUGACCUUACAAGGUGUUAGAGCUUGGACUGGUGACAUUCAUGGAAGAGUUGUUUGUGAUGUUUGUGGUGAUUCUUCUGUUGGUCCUGAAGAUCAUGUUCUACAAGGUGCAGAGGUUGCUGUUCUUUGCAUAACGAAAUCUGGGGAAGUUUUGAAUUAUCAGGCAUUCACAGAUUCAAAGGGGAUAUAUAGAGUGGCCGAGACAAUGCCUGAGAGCGAUCGUUGGGAUGCGUGCCUAGCGAGACCUAUCAGUAGCUUCCACGAGCACUGCACACGCCUGGGAGAUAGCAACUCGGGGGUGAAGUUCAGCUACAAUCAUCCUUCAGGAUAUUCACACACAGUCAGACCAUUUGUAUAUCGUCCCACCAAUGUUCCAACGUACUGCAUCUAAUAAAUAUUGUAUCAUAUGCUACAAGCUAUCUAAGCUUGUUACUGUUAUUGUAUCCUGCAGGUUGCCUUGAUUUUAUUGAAAAUCCAGUAGCAAUCUGGAUAUAUCUGGUAACA